GCAAAACCGCAACCCUUUGUCGCUUUCCCUUUCCCUUUCCCUUUUUAAUUCAGCACUCCUGUCCUGUCCUUCAUACACAUACGGGUAUACCCUCUUCUCAAAACAAAACCCAGAAAACAACAAAGAUGGCCGGAAAAUCGCCGGAGUUAUCGCCGGAAAACGAAUGGAUGAAUCUGUUGAAGAACUUGGAAAGUUCCCAGAUUGCACAAGUCUUCGAUGGGGUUUGCUCAGAUUGUCAAUCUCUUCUUAAAUCUCGUCUUCUCUCCCUCUCUAACCAUAAUACUGUCAGAAAAACUAUCGAAAUGAGUUCAUCGAAUUCCUGUUCUUCUGAAACAAGUACACCAUCUUCAUAUAUUGACAAUAACCAACAACAAAAUAGCAACAAUGUAGGAACUCCUCGAAGCAAAGAAUCUGUCCGCUCAGAAAGGAAUACUAAUUAUGAAUCGCCCUCACCAGUUAACGCGAAGCCACAGUUGCGUGAUCUUUUCAGUAACCAUGGCUUAUCUCCUAGUAAUGGGAACCAUACGCCUUCACCUACUACUACUGCUAAUGGAUCAUCAGACGAGGAGGAGUGGAACCGGUUUUCACAGGUGAAAAGGAAGAAGGAUUUUGUGCAUUAUGAGAGAGUUGAUGGGAGAAAGGUCAAUGUGGUUCAAGGAUUGGAGCUUCAUACUGGAGUUUUCAGUGCUGAAGAACAGAAAAAGAUUGUUGAAUCUGUUUACAACUUCCAGAAAAUGGGAAGAAAAGGGCAGCUUAUGGAACGCACUUACUCUGAACCAUUGAAGUGGAUGCGUGGGAAAGGGCGUGUUACCAUGCAAUUUGGUUGUUGUUACAAUUAUGCAGUGGACAAGGAUGGAAAUCCUCCGGGAAUAGUCAGGGAUGAGGAAGUUGAUCCAUUGCCUCCCCUAUUUAAACAGAUGAUUAGCAGGAUGGUGAAGUGGCAUGUAUUGCCUCCUACAUGCGUUCCCAAUAGUUGCAUAGUGAAUAUUUAUGAUGAAGGCGAUUGUAUCCCUCCUCACAUCGAUCACCAUGACUUUCUUCGUCCAUUUUGUACUGUCUCUUUCUUGGCGGAGUGUAAUAUCCUCUUUGGUUCAAGUCUCAAAAUCUUAAGCCCCGGAGAGUUUGCUGGUCCUGUCUCCAUUCCUCUUCCUAUUGGAUCUGUUCUUGUUCUGAAAGGUAAUGGAGCGGAUGUUGCUAAACACUGUGUUCCUGCUGUCCCAGCAAAACGGAUUUCAGUCACAUUUAGGAGGAUGGAUGAUAGCAAAAUCCCAUACCAAUUCUCUCCUGAACCUGAUUUGCUGAACUUAAAGCCUCUUGUUCGGUCUCCGUUGCCCAAAGUAGGCGCCGCACACCAAAAUCAACAUCAACAAAGUGUAAUUAAUGGCAGAGCAAAUAAAUCAGAUUCACAAGAAACAAUCAUUAAUUCAAAUGCAAGAGUGUUAGCCAAUAACUCGUUCGUCCUCCAAACAGACGAAUUCCCCACACUAGGUGCCUUGAAAUCGAGGAAACGUUGAAUCAGUUUAUCAUCCAUGGACGAGUGAGGGGAUUCUCCCUUCAAAGAUCGCGGUUUCUCUUCUAUAUAUUGCAAGUGUUAGUUGUACUAUUUGUCCAUUUAUGUGCCAAUCAUUGUUUCAUACUCAAUUCACUUUGUAUUUCUCCUAAUUUUUCUUCUUCUAUAGAGUAAUAAUUUGAUCAUUUUUAGUUAGAAAUAUUUUUAUGUAACAUUAUACGGUUGUUUCACAAGUUAAAUACAAUUUGUUCUUUAUAUU